GGAUGGCGUCGUCGCUGUCGGCGUCUCUCUGAAGGAGGCUGCUGCUGCUUCUGUGCCCGCGGAGAGGCCGAGGAGGAGGGAGCCAUGGCGGAGGAGGAGCAGGCGCUCGGGGCGAGGCGGCGGCGCUGAAGGCAGUCCUCCUUGGUCGUCGGUGGCGGCGGUAGUACCAUGUCCCGCAAGGCCAACGCGGCGGAAUACACGCUGCGGAGCCUGGGCAACCUGAUGGGGGAGAAGCGCCGACGGCAGCCGCCUGCCCCUCCGCCUCCUCCUCCGGAGAGCCUCGGGGAGCGGAGCCUGAUCGCGGAGUCGUGCUCCAGCCUCAACAGCCAGGCCUCAGCCUCGGCGGCGUCGGAGCUGGAGCGCGCGGCCCGUCGGCGCUUCCAGUCCGGGGAGACGCCGUCGUUCGUGUACGUGGUGUCGGCCUUCUCGGCGCUGGGAGGCUUCCUCUUCGGCUACGACACGGGCGUCGUCUCCGGGGCGCUGCUGCUGCUCAAGCGCGAGCUCAGCCUCGACGCCUUCUGGCAGGAGCUCCUCGUCUCCAGCACCGUCGGCGCCGCCGCCCUCGCCGCCCUCCUCGGAGGGCCCCUCAACGGACGCUGCGGGCGCAGGGCCGCCAUCCUCCUCGCCAGCUUCGUCUUCGCCGCCGGAGCCGCCCUUCUGGCCGCCGCCCCCGACAAGGAGACGCUCCUCGGGGGAAGGGUCGUCGUCGGACUCGCCAUCGGUAUUGCUUCUAUGACCGUUCCAGUAUACAUUGCAGAAGUUGCUCCACCCCACUUAAGAGGCAGAUUAGUAACUAUAAAUACACUCUUCAUCACAGGAGGACAGUUCUUUGCAAGUGUUGUAGAUGGAGCCUUCAGUUAUCUUCCAAAGGAUGGAUGGAGGUAUAUGCUGGGCCUCUCAGCAGUUCCAGCUGUAAUACAGUUUCUUGGCUUCCUUUUUCUUCCUGAAAGUCCCCGCUGGCUUAUUCAGAAAGGGCAGACUCAAAAGGCACGUCGAAUUCUGUCUCGGAUGCGGGGAAAUCAGACAAUAGAUGAAGAAUAUGAUAGUAUCAAGAACAAUAUAGAGGAGGAAGAAAAAGAAGUUGGUGCAGCUGGACCUGUGAUCUACAGAAUGCUGACCUAUCCUCCAACUCGAAGAGAGUUGAUUGUGGGCUGUAGUCUACAAAUGUUCCAACAACUGGCAGGUAUUAAUACAGUCAUGUACUACAGUGCUACUAUUAUGCAGAUGUCAGGUGUUCAAGAUGACCGACUUGCAAUUUGGCUUGCUGCAGUUACAGCAUUCACUAAUUUCAUUUUUACUCUUGUUGGAGUUUGGCUUGUUGAGAAAGUGGGACGCCGGAAACUCACACUAGGAAGUUUAGCAGGCACUACUGUUGCACUUGUUAUUCUAGCUUUGGGAUUUCUGCUGUCAGCUGAGGUUUCACCACAAGUCACUCUUAAACCUGAAGGCCCUUCAAGUCAGAACUCUAGCUGCAUUAAAUAUAGUUACUGCAAUGGAUGCAUGCUGGAUCCAAUUUGUGGCUUUUGCUACAAACUAAACAAAUCAAGUGUUGUGGAGUCCUCCUGUGUUCCUGUUAGUAAGAAGUCUACAAUGGAAGCCGCCUGGGGCAGGUGUUCUAAUGAGACCAGACUCAAAACUGAAGACACGUUUUGGGCAUAUAACUUCUGUCCUACACCGUAUUCAUGGACAGCACUCCUGGGACUUAUUUUAUACCUGGUUUUCUUUGCACCAGGAAUGGGGCCAAUGCCUUGGACAGUAAAUUCUGAAAUAUACCCCCUUUGGGCAAGAAGUACAGGAAAUGCAUGUUCUUCUGGUGUAAACUGGAUUUUCAAUGUUCUUGUGUCACUAACAUUUCUGCAUACAGCUGAAUAUCUCACAUACUAUGGUGCAUUCUUCCUGUAUGCAGGAUUUGCUUGUGUGGGACUCAUUUUCCUCUACGGCUGCCUUCCUGAGACGAAAGGGAAAAAACUAGAGGAAAUUGAAAGCUUGUUUGAGAAUUCGUUGUGUACGUGUGGCAUUACAGAUUCUGAUGACGGGAGGUAUAUUGAAUAUAUCCGGGUGAAGGGAAGUAAUUACCAUCUUUCUGACAAUGAUGCUUCUGAUGUGGAAUGAUUUUCAGCUGCUGGUGUAUUAAAUCAUUUAAAAGCCUUGAUGGGGGGAGGAUGAAGGAGCCGCUUAAUGAUAACCUCAUUGCCCUGCUUCUGGUCUGGUUCUCCUUUCUGCUGUCUCUGCAGAAACACUCUCCCUUUUUAAAAUAUGUCAUUUGAAGAGAAUCCAAUAAAAUGUAACGUUAUUCUUUUUAUCAGCCAGAAGUGAUGGCUGGGAAGGCGAAAGAGGGAACUCCUGUGAGGAUAUGAGUAUUCCAGCUGCGUGCUUUGCUGCAUGUCGGAGGUCCUAAAAUCUGUGAUACCUAACUUAUGAAAUGCCAUUUGUAGUUGUCCAUCUUGCAAAAUUUCAAAAAGGGCAGCUAGUCAGAAACCAGAUGAAUCAUAAAAGUAUGGUUACUUGGCAACAAAGUCAGCCUCUUACAAAAUAAGGUGGGGGGGAUCUGCUUUCUGUUGUACUAAUAAAUUAUUUGGAAAGUAUUACUUAUUUUUAAAAACAUAUUAAUCUUGUUUGCACAAAGAAGGUGCAUCAUUUCAUAUUUCCCUCUUGCUUGAUCUCUUUGGGCAUGUCUCCCUUUAAAUAAGCUAAAAUCCCUUUUAAUUUCCCUUCUUUCACAUGAAGAAACCUGAGAAGUUAAACUUUGAGAGAGUCUGACAGAGAUUUCUAGUUUUCUUCAGGGGCUGGUUGAUGUUUAUGAAUGACCACAUGAAACCCAAUUGCCUGGAAGCAGUUCUCUCUGGUAGUCUUAUGUGACAGUGUUUCCCACGAGUUCAAAUCAGGGUUUCUUCAACCAUGUUGUCACACAGCCCACUUCUCUUUGUAUGUUGCUUUUAGAUACUAAACAUCACUAAAGCUGUGAGCUUUUUUAAAAUCAGGCUCCUUCAUGAUUCACUUUGAUGGAAAAGCAUUAACCCAGACGCUGUCUCCAGGCAUGUCCUGUGAUUCCACACUGGUACAGACAUACUUUUCUUCACUUUUGAACUCUGUCCAUUGGUUACCAUCAUCAAUAUUUAAUAAUUGAACUGAGAACUGAAUAACAGGUUUAACAAAAACAUGUGAUGUAUUUCCUCUGAGAUUAUAAUGUUUCAUUGAGUGCUCUACUGAAUAAAAAAUUCUUGAAAUGCUA